AUGAACGUGGUGCAGCGUACAACACCGACACAUCGAGCACAAACUGUUCCAAAAGUACACGCCGUGAGCUCCGAGGCCCAGCCCAUCGUUACCAAAGCGACACAGCUGGUAGACGCCACAACCCGCAAUGUCAAUACUAAUGGGCCGCCCGCCACCCAUGGAGUCUCCUUGCAGAGCGAUGCAAUGGAAGACUGUAUUCCGGAACCUGCUCGUUCCCGGCAAGUCGGCACCACAGACUCGCAUGCAAUACUUCCUCAAGCUAUGGAUGGAGUAGAGACCUCGCCUGGUUCUACUCAUGGCACCAACAUCGGACAAGACAAGAUGGAUGACAUCCAGAUCACUAUUCAACCGACUUUCACUCCGCCCGCUACCAAAUUUGUGCAAAAUGAGAAUCAGAACAUGCCCGAUGCACCUCCGCCAGCGAACGUUACACUAGAUUCUACUACCCAAUCGAAUGUAGCUCCGUCCAGUACUCUUCUCGUCGAAAUAAAGGAUCAGGACAUGACUGACGCACCCCCACCAGCGCAAUUUACAAUCGCAUCCGGUUGCAGUGCUUCUGAAGCCUCUACCAUCACAUCGUCUACCACUCGCUCCGAGCGAUCUACGUCCAGAUUUCCUUUGGCUCCAACAAUGUUUCUGUCUUCGGUUAGGCAACCUUCAGCAAAGGCGCAAGCAAACCCGAGCAAUCAUUGGGCUAACGGAAAGGCCAACGCUCUACUUAUAGAGAUCCCUGAUCUUCACAACGACCUUCGACAGGCUCUUCCGAAGAUGAUCGAGGAAAGACACAGGAACCAGGUUUGUGACAAGAUCUUCGACUUCAUUCGCAACGCAGGGUCUGCAGCUGAGCUGGCUAGAGACAUCGAUCUCGCCAUGAGGAUGCCGUCCCAAGACAAGCUAUUGAACAAUGCACAGUUUAACAGGCUGGAAAAGUACGCACAUGAGGUGCAGAAUGCUAGACGGCGGCAAGAGCGACAGAUUGGUGGCGUGCUGAACAUGGGCAGUCCUCUGCAUACAAACAACCAGAUUGGUAUCUCUCAACCCCCUACCAAUGGUACUGCGCAGCCGGCCAACCUAAUCACGCCACCUAACCUAUCUCAAGCAGCUCCCACUAUCAUUGCGCAGCCAACCAAUCUCCCCACCCUUCCUCAGAUGACCAACGCCGGCGCUGCAGGGUUUUCGACCAACCUCACGAGAAGAGAAUCGAUAACACCAGAGCCAAAAUCGAGCAAAGAGAGAUUGACUAAACUGCUGAUUGAUGCACAAGUGAAGACGACACGUAACAAAGACGAAGUCUCGACCUUGUUUGCAAUCAUGUUCCACCUCUCAUGGCAAAAAUCAUCAGACAUCGACGUCAUGAUAGAAUAUGUUAUCAAACAUCCCAGAUUCCAAGGUCUCGACAGUAACGAGCGGAGGAGGGUGAAUAUCGAAUGGACUAUUGAGGUGAUCCAAAACCUGGUCGACGAUGGCAGGCCUUCCAGUUGCGAACUUCUAGUCUGGACGUGCAAAGAAGCACUGAUUGCUCAACAUGUGAAAGCUGAAAACGAAACGCUCUCCGCGUAUGCAACCUGCGCCGACCGCCAGAAAGAGCUUGGGCCGCUCUUCAGGCGCAUCUCCGCCACCAAUUUUGAGCUCAUGAAGGAAGUGUACCCAAACGGCUGCCUGACAUGGGACGAGAUGAGGGACCUUGCGAAGACAGAAGAGCUUGGUUUCUUCGACCAAUCCGUAAAUACGAAGCAGAUGCCUUACUGGCCAUACAUGAGGGAUAAGAAGCAAUACUGGAGCGAUAGGGCCAACAUGAAGAAGUUGGUUGCUGAUCGGAUUGCUGCUAAGAGUAUGACUACGGGUCGAGCAACUGCAUCCGGUCCUGCAGUUUCAUCAAAGGCCAAGCGCAACAUCGCGGCUAUCUCUGACGAUCAUGACAAGGCUUCGAAAGAGAUAGGCGUUGAUGCGAUGGAUGAUGGUGAGACACAUGUACCGGGAAGCAAGGAGCCAGCUCUGAAGCGCUUUCGAGAGCAGCCCACUGAGUAA